UUUUUAUCUAUAAAUAGAUAAAACUACAAAAUAUCUACCUGAUUAUGAUCCGGGGAAAGCCACUAAAGUCGUAUACGGGGAGAAUAUCCAGCCAGAUACAAUAUAUCAGAAGGAAUGGUACCAAAUCAACUGGAGGUUUGGAUCUUUCCAAAAUGCUUAGACAGACAUUAUCAGGUCAUGACAAGAAUGGAAAUGAUAAUAACUCUACCAAUUCCACUGGAACUGUAGAACCUUUGAAGCAAAUAACUCGACCCAAAAUACCAACAUUUACAUCAAAUGAAUGGGAGAAAACUAAUAUUGAGAGAGGAAUCAUGGAUCUUUCCUCUGUUUCAACCAUGAAUACAAUUCUUGGGAUUUUAGAUGAUGCACAACGUCUGGAUAAGCAUAAACAAUCACCACCAAGGGGAGAUUCAUUAUUUAAUCUUUCAGUUCUGGCUGAUUCAAAAGCAGUACAUGCCGAUAUAUCCGAUUUUAAGAAGAAGGCAGCUACAAAGUUGGGUGAAGAUAUCCUUAAUUUUGCCAUUAUUAGAUAUUUAAAUGAUGCAAUUACUCCUCUUGAUAUCGAGACAAAGGCUAAGAAUAAUGAAACUUUUAACGAAUUACAAGAACAAAUCAGAUUACAAUUUCUUACCAGAAUGAAGAAGAAAUCUCCAUAUGGGAAUAAUGCGAAACUUACAUUGAAUGGAAUUCUUAACCCAUUCCAAGCAAUCUCUAUGCAUUUUAUUAAAAGGCCAAAGGAAGGUAUGGACCAGCUUGAAGGAGAAAUAAAUCUAUGUGUCUCAAAUGAUCCAAAUCUUGAAUCGAAAUUAAUAUCUCUUGGUAAAUAUAAAUCCAACUUACAAUUUGAUUUGAAUUUUGAGGAAGAACUUGUGAACCCGGAGAUAGAUCAAUCUGAAAGAGAAAGUCCUACCGUUAUACAUCCAAUAUAUGCAAACUCCAGUUCAUUCCUUGAAAAACUUCCCUUUAUUCUCAAUGAAGAACGAAUUCUUAAAAUGGUUCUUCGAGGAAGACCAAAACAAGAAAGGUUGUCAAUUUCAAACAUAAUGAAUGCACAGGCAAGAGAAGGUUCAUUGCUUUUUGACAUUUUUGUAAGACUGCAACUUCUUAGAACAAAGAGUAAAAUGAUGGAAGAAUCUUGUGCUCAUAGAGUGGUCAAGGCUACAGUUGCCGCAAGAAGUAAUCUUCUAUCCAAGGCUAAUGUUUACCCUAGACUUGUUUCAAGAGGAUUUGCAGACUGUGACUUAGAUGAGGAAAUUGCCGUGCAUCAUUUAAGCGAGCAAUUCAAUCUGUACUUGUCAGUAUGGUACCGUCUUAACCCGGAUGAUGCAAGUAAGUGGUGUGGACAAUUUGUACAUUCACAGGCAACCACAGAAUUGACAGAUGAAUAUUUAUCCUCACUCCAAGACGAGGUCACUUCAUACUUUUUAUUGCAAACAAGAAAUCAUAAGUGUAAUGCAUUCAUCAAAACAGAACUUGAGCUGGCUCAGUUCGUACGUGACAUUUUAGAUGAGGAUCCAACUUUUCGCUAUACAUAAGCUUAGAAUAUAGAC